AUCUAUGCAUUUUCUCUCUCUCUGGAGCUCCGCCGCCCAUUUUUUUAUGAAGAAAAAAGAUACUCUUUUUCAAAUACCCAUUACUUGAUUCUAUGGUGCUUGAGAGUUGGGUAUUUCUUUAAGGGUAUUGAGUCUAUGUGAGGGGAGGCUUUUCCAAGCUCAGGGGAGACAAUGAUUCUAACAAAGCAGUAUCGUUGCAUACACUCUGCUAGUUGUCAAUGCACAAAAGGGCAUCUAAGUGAAGAUGUGAUUUUUCUUGUGUUCCAACAUCUGAAGUGGAACCCCAAGUUGAUUGCUGCUUUAUCCUGUGUCUGCAAAUGGUUUGAUGAUCUUGCCAAACGAGUUCUAUGGAAAGAAUUCUGCCGUACAAGGGCCCCAAAAAUGAUGCUUGAUCUGCAAUCUGGUGGGAGCCACAGUGUUGAUGGGAACUGGAGGGCACUUGGAAAGCUGCUUAUUUAUUGUUCAGGAUGUAGCAAGGAUGGCUUGUUCAAUAGCAUUCACAUUCCUGGUCAUUUUGUUUACAGGACUAGAUUCUCCAGGACUUCAGGAAAGAGCUUCCUUUUGCCACAAUGCAGAACAGAUGUUUUAUAUGUGUCUGACCCUUGUGAACAUCUUGACCAAGGUGAGGAAGGUGAUGUGGGAUUCUUCCGAGGAGUUUUCAAGUCAUUUGCAAUGUCAAAGGUUAGGAAGAUGCUAAUUAAAAGGAAUGCCCAGUUUCAUCCAUCAGAGGUAUGUCCUUAUUGUAAAGCAAAGUUGUGGAGCAUGCUGCAAGCAAAAAUGAUACCACAGAGUGCCAGCUGCCGGUUGGGUGCUUAUGAGGAUUGCAUUGAGUACCAUGUGUGCCUUAAUGGACAUAUGCUUGGGAUCUGUACCCUCUUACCCUUGUCUGAUUCUGAAGAGGCAGCAUCUGAAUCAGAGGGAUAGUUAGAAACACCAGGGCAGUUUGUUUCUCAGUAGAUUGGUCUCAGGGUGGAAGAUGAAAGUACCAUCUGUCUUUAUUUCACUAAGACAUGGAAUUGGCCAUCUUGAUCUCAACUCGCCAAUGUUCUUCACUUAUUCCUGUAUCAAUCUUUCUUGGAGGGUUAGAAGCUUCUGCUAACGAUUUCUUUAUCAAUUAUCCAUUGUUUGACGGUUGUUACUGUGAACGUGUAAUAUCUUGUACAUUUAUGAAUGAGUCAUAUAAUGUAUCUGACAAUGCUGUCUUAAAUGGUUCAUACAAAUUUGUUGUUUG